CGCGUGAAAGAGUGUGUUCAGAGAGGAGCAGUGCUCAUCAGGCUCGGUUAUUCUGAUUAAUAAUCACUGAACAUGGAUUGCUCCGAAGAAGUACAGUCACUUUCGGAUGAAACUGGCACUCCAGUGGAGUUAAAGAAGGGAAUGUCGAUAUUUUUAGACAUCUUGAGAAGAGCAGAUAAAAAUGAUGACGGGAAGCUCUCUUUUGAAGAAUUUAAGGCUUAUUUCUCAGAUGGAGUUUUGUCAGGGGAUGAAUUGAAGGAUCUCUUCCAUAAGAUUGAUACUCAUAAUACAGACAAUGUGGACACAGAAGAGCUGUGCGAAUAUUUCUCUCAGCAUCUUGGAGAAUAUGAAAAUGUCCUUGGUGCCUUGGAAGACUUGAACAUUUCAAUACUAAAGGCGAUGGACAAAACCAAAAAGGAUUACCAGGAGGCCACACACCUGGAGCAGUUUGUGACUCGCUUUCUGCUGAAGGAGACAACGAGCCAGCUGCAGUCUCUUCAGAGCUCACUGGAGUGUGCCAUGGAGACCACAGCUGAACAGACACGGCAGGAAAGGCAGGCACCCCUGAAGCCCGAGGUGCUGUCGAUUCAGUGGUCAGGAAGGCGAUCCAAUCGAAGACUUCAACGGAAUAACAGCUUGUCUCCAAACAACCCACUUCUUAGCCUCGUCAAUUCAGGUUUGUAUGAGGAGGACAGUCAGUGGAUGACCCAGAUAAACAGACUGCAGAAGCUGAUCGAUCGGCUCGAGAAGAAGGAGCUUCGUCUGGAGCCGGUAGAAGAGGAGGUCUCAGAAAGCUCCACCAAAUCGCACAUUCUGAUAGUGCAGAGGCAGCUGUCCGUGAUGCCCGAUGAGCUGGAGGAGUUCCGCUUGGCUCUGCGGCAGUACGUUGAUUGUGCCAGCAUCCAGACAGGCAGCCUCCAUGUUGCAGUGCAGCGGAUUGCUAACGAGUCUCGCUUCAUAAUCUAUGAGUUUUGGGAGCACACCAGUUUGUGGAAGAAUCAUCUGCAGACAAACUACAGCAAAACGUUCCAGAGGUCCAAUGUGGAUUUCUUGGAGACGCCAGAGAUAACGACGACGAUGCUGGUACCAGCAUCGUGGUGGGUCCUGAACAACAAUUAAAACCGCAAUAAUUAACAACCAUCAAACAGCAACAGAGUUUGUAUUACUAUGUCUCUGUCCUCUGAUGGAGCAGUGUUGUGUUAACACUUCCUGUAAAACUGUGGUGAAAAAUCAUUGGAUAUUCAUACUCCCUCAUCUUUAGUGCAUUAAACUAUGUAUGUUCCUACUGUAGAUUUCUAAGGCAAGCGUAGGCCCAGUCACCAAAAUCGAUGGUACUCCAUCCACUGUAUUUUUACACGUGGGAAAAGUGUGUGCGAGAUUUAUGUUCGAUUCAUUACUUGCUGCAGUCAGGAAUUAAUUACAGAGAUGAAUGUGGAAAUUAAAUCACUGCAGUUUUUAUACAAUUAAAUUGAUAGACGUGAUUCGAUUCGCUUAUGUGUUAUGAGUGGAUGUCAGACAGCAGUAGAUGUGGUGCUAUUUUGAACAUGUCAUUUACGUAUUUAAGGCACAAAACUAAUCCUGCCAUGUUAAUACUGUUAAAUAAAAUACCUUUAUGACAGCUUCACCUAAAAUAAUUAACCUGACAUUUAAUAGGGUAAGAUCUUUCCUUACAGAAACCAGAUCUAUACUUGUUUUUCUUCCCCUGUGGUUCACCUUCAGUACUUCAUCAGCUUGAUGGCUUUCAAAGAGGAACUGGAAAAACACGUGAUCCCAAUUGGUUAAUCCAGUUUUCUACUGUUUCUCCCCAUAGCAGUUGGAAGCUAAUGAAAUGUGAUUAAAAACGAUAAGGGCUGCUAAAUAAAAAGGAAUCAUAAGUAUGUCUUCACUGACCUUUUCUGCAGAUCAUUAUACGUAGCCCAAUUAGUGCACAAAAUAAGUGCCUAUGCUGCCUGAAUGGGCGGAAUGGCGUCACCCUUAUCUCUCAAUCACAGAGUAAGUCAAUCACGGUCGUGAUCUCAUAUACAGGUUUGUUUUAUCU